AACCUAUCUCCAGCAGGAGCAGCUGAAUGUGCCAGAGAAAGACAGGAGUGGUAACAGCAUCAGCUGUAGAACCAGAGUCGCUCUCAGGGUGACCUCAGUUCACCCGCUCUCAAAGACCCACCAGCUCUGAGUGUAACUCCUGAGAGGGAGGGAGACCAUUCAAGAAAAAGGAGGAAGAGGAUGAGUAGAUACAGCUUCUGAUCAACAGAAGACUAUGGAUGAAAGAAACCGAGCUGCUGUGGUGGGGUUUCUGUUCCUUGUCCUUUUAGGUUUGCCGGCAGGCGGGCAGAUUCUGCUGGACGUGUGUGCUUCCUGCCAUGCCAACGCCACAUGUGAGGACAAACUAGACGGCUCAGGCAAAGUUUGUAACUGCAAGUACGGCUUUGUUGGCAAUGGAAGGACUUUCUGUCAAGAUAAGGAUGAGUGUCAGAUUGGAUCCAGUAAGAUUUGUGGACAACACACCACCUGUCACAACACGUUUGGCAGCUAUUUCUGCACCUGCUUGUCUGGAUACAGGCCCUCCAACAACAUGAACAUCUUCAUCCCAAACGAUGGGACCCACUGUCGGGACAUUGACGAGUGCGGGAUCACAGGGAUCUGUGGAGAGGGCGCUCAGUGCAGGAAUUUGGACGGUGGUUUCGACUGCAGCUGCCAAACAGGCUACAGAGUCCUCAAUGGAUAUGAGCCUUUCAAUCCACAGAGAGACUCCGCCUCCUGCCAGGUGGUCGACUGCGGCCGGCCCGCCUCGGUGGAGGACACGGUGCUGGUGUCCGCCACAGGAACCACAUACGGCAGUGAGGCCACGUUCACCUGUGAUGAAGGCUUUGUGUGGAAAACCGGAAACAACAAAUCCACAUGUGAAGCCGAUGGACUGUGGAAAGGCCCGUCCUUGGUCUGUGAAGAGAUCUUGUGUGGAAACCCUCCGUUGAUUGAAUUAGCCGAUGGCGUUUGGAACAAUAACUUGGCCCCUGGCAGCACUGUGCUCUAUUACUGUAAAGAGGGAUUUUAUAACAUGGGAGGAAUUAAUGUUUCCGUCUGUAGUGAAAACGGUUUUUGGACACCUGCAACUCUGUCAUGCCAAGAGAUUUUGUGUGGCGACCCUCCUUCUGUGCCUCACACUGGGCAGCUGUGGAACGGCAGCUCCACCAUUGGGAGCACAGUAACUUACAUUUGCCAUGUAGGGUUUUAUCAGAGUGGGGGAGUCAAUGUGUCAGUGUGCACGGAUAAUGGUUACUGGACAAAGCCUGACAUUUUGUGCAAAGAGGUUGACUGUGGUGAGCCCCCACCCAUCCCUCACUCAGUCAUGCUGUGGGAUGGAACCUCCUCUGUGGGCUCUCGGGUCUCCUAUAAGUGUGACCAAGGAUAUGUCAGUGUUGGGGACAGAAAUGAGUCUGUUUGUACUGUGAGUGGAGACUGGAGAGGCACCUCUCUGAGCUGUCAAGAAAUCCACUGUCAGAAGCCGGUUUCUAAAGAGCACUCUAAAAUGCUAUGGGAUGGCAGAUCCCACGCUGGCAGUGUGAUCUAUUACAGCUGUGAGGAGGGAUAUUACACCAGAGGCUUGAGGAAUUACUCCGUCUGUGGAAAAAACGGACAGUGGGAGGAUGUUGAUCUGUGGUGUGAAGAAAUAAGCUGCGGCCCCCCACUAACUCUCCCCAACACUAAGCUGCUGUGGGAUGGUAGGAGCUCCCCAGGCAGCGUUGUGCUGUAUGGUUGUGUGGAUGGAUUUUAUCAGGAGAGUGGAAAUGACAUUUCAACAUGUUCAGUAACGGGAGAGUGGGGGGAAGUGACUGUAAAAUGCAAAGCUCUGUGUGGCCCGGUUCCCUUCCUGGUCAACUCAGAGGUGGUGUGGCAUAACAGAAGCGUUGUGAUCCACCGCUGCACAGCCGGGUUUCACAGCUGGAGGGGAAGCAACAUGUCGGUGUGUGGCAGCUCAGGAGUGUGGCAGAGAGCUACUCUCAGGUGCAUAGAAAUUAAGCCUCCUAUCAAUGACCUGUUAAUCUAUAAUGGCGAGUGUCUGCAGUGGAAGGCUGAAAAGUAUGAGGAGGACACGGAGGUUUACAAGGUGACUUACACCGGAUCCAGGGACUACCAGAGGUCCUUCCACGAUAGAGGGAAACGCUUUGUGAGCUCCAGAGCAGACCUGCUGGAGCUUUGCCUGAACCUCUAUCCAGUCACAAACUACAGCAUCUCAGUCACAGCAAUGUCUGCUAAAUUUACAGCAACCGUCACCACCAACACUAGUUUACCGGCACCUCCAGCACCAGUUGUCUACUAUGAAGAAUUUGAGACCCGAGUGCCAAAUUUGAGGCUACAGAGAUGGCCCAACAGCCUGGAUCUUAUAAGUUCGUACCAAGUUUUUGUGCUUCCUGUUGAGGGGAUUAUGAUGUUUGAUUGUUCCGCUCCUGCAAGUUUGAACUCCUCCAGCACCUCCCCGUCAGAGUACAUCACUGCAAAGCUGGACAUGCAAAACGCUGGAACACAAAUCAAUUUCACUCUCGGAGACGGAUCCUUCUAUGGGGGCUUCUAUAACUCGCCACUGGAACGUGGCAAGGACUACUACAUAAUCCUUCGAUUUGUCAGUCAGUGGAAAACAGACUCAAAAAGCUGCUGUGUCCUGUGGGCUAAAGUAACAGGUACAUCGCACAUUCUGAGGGUUUCAUCUCUGUCAGCCGCUGCGUUCGUAGGAGGAAUUACUUUGGUCAUACUUGGGGGAUACAGUAUCAGCUGGUGUGCCAGACGACACAAGUUUAGUCUUUAGAGGUGAUGAGCCAAACGGAAUUAGACUUCUUAACUGUACAUUUAAUGAAAUAAUACUAUGAAAUAAAAACUGAUUUUAGGUAUAUAUUAAAAAAAACAAUAAAAACAUUUCUUUUCUCAU